AUGCUCGCUGCUCUUACCUUCUUGCUCACGUCUCAUGCCUUUGCAGCGGCAAGCGAUGUCAUGACCAUCGGCAUGACAGGCAGUUGGAGUCCGGCGGAAAUAACUUCAAACGCGACAGAUCUGCUGACGACCGCGCUCAAAGGCGAUAGGUAUGACAGCUCAGUGGGCGAAAAACGAGUGUGCUACACGGAAGUGACGUCGCUGGAGACGCAGGUGGUUGCUGGCACCAAUUACCGCUUUCACAUGGAUGGAUGCGAAGUCACGAAUUCAGAAGGAGUGUGCUCGGAGUCAACUCUUACGUCCUGUGAUCCGUCUGGCUUUGUGGUGCAGAUCUUUGAGCAGACGUGGACCUCCACGUUGAAGGUCACGUGUAUCAAGCCGGAGGAAUCAUCGGAUUUCUCGUCACUGGCAAAAGGCCAAGAUUCGUUGUCGAAACAAAAAAUGUCGGAGGAAGAGAAAAAGGCGAUAGAGGCAUGGAUCCUUGCUAAUGGUCUGAAUAAAUACGGAGAUGCAGCCACGAGGAUCUAUUUAGGAGGAACCCCUUUGUUUGACGAAAAGACAGGUGCUACGAAAGAUCGUUAUGACUACAUUCUGAGCAAACAUCCCGACCGUCCUUGGCAGACAACUGGGGUGAAGGCCAACCUUUUGGCGAUUGAUAAAACGGAAGAAACCGUGGAUGCGACGAACGAUGAGACAAGGUAA